CAACCGCCAUAAAACGACAAAGAAGAAGAAGAAGAAUAGCUGCAGGAGCUGGAAGCUUUUUCUUUUGGGUUAUUGCGUUAUCAUAAUAAUAAUAGAUAGAAUAUAAUAUAAAAUAACGCAAUUCUGUUAGUAAAUUACGAGUAUUUCAAUUAAAGCCAGUUAAAACCAGAACCAGUGUUUUGUUAGCGAUAGUUCAGGCUGCAGCGCGAUGGCGAACCGUAACCUACAGCAGGUGAAUAAUCCGAGCAGCGCCAAAGAUGCAUCUCCGCAGCCGCAGAACGUGAACUCUCCAGCGGAUCCCAGCGAGGUCACGGACGCUCCCCCGCCUCCGGACCCGAGUCCUGCCGACACCGAGCCUCACGAGAUGACCGUGAACCUGAAGAACUUUCGGAGACCCGGGGAGAAAACAUUCACCCAGCGGUGCAGACUCUUUGUCGGUAAUCUCCCAUCGGAUAUGACGGAGGACGAUUUCAAGAAGAUGUUUUCCAAAUAUGGCGAAGCAAAGGAGGUUUUCAUCAACCGAGACCGAGGAUUCGGCUUCAUUCGGCUGGAAACAAGAACACUUGCAGAGAUUGCUAAGGCUGAGUUGGACGGCACGAUGCUGGGGAACAGACCCAUCCGUAUUCGUUUUGCCACACACGGGGCUGCGCUCACAGUCCGAAACCUCUCUCCAGUGGUGUCCAAUGAGCUGCUGGAGCAGGCCUUCUCCCAGUUCGGCCCAGUUGAGCGGGCAGUUGUGGUGGUUGAUGACCGAGGUCGACCCACAGGAAAGGGGAUUGUGGAGUUUGCCAAUAAGCCUGCUGCCCGGAAAGCCUUGGACCGCUGUGCAGAUGGAGCCCUUCUGCUUACAAUGUCUCCUCGUCCAGUCAUUAUUGAGCCGACAGAACAGUUUGAUGAUGAAGAUGGGCUGCCAGAAAAGCUGUUGCAAAAAUCAGCACAGUAUCAUAAGGAAAGGGAGCAGCAGCCACGCUUUGCUCAGCCAGGAACCUUUGAGUUUGAGUACUCCUCGCGCUGGAAGGCUUUGGAUGAGAUGGAGAAACAGCAGAGGGAACAAGUGGAACGCAACAUACAAGAGGCAAAGGAGAAACUGGAGGCCGAAAUGGAGGCUGCCAAACAUGAGCAUCAACUCAUGAUGAUGAGACAAGAUCUCAUGAGACGUCAAGAGGAGCUGCGGCGCUUAGAGGAGCUCAGGAAUCAGGAGCUGCAGAAACGCAAGCAGAUUGAGAUGAGGCAUGAGGAAGAGAGACGUAGACGUGAGGAGGAUAUGAUGCGUCAUAGAGAGCAGCUUGACACGAGACGCCAACCAGAUGGAUUCAAGCCCAGUUUCAUGGAGAGUAGAGAACAGGAUAUGAGAAUGAAUGAAAUGGGAAGCCGUGGAGGCAUUAAUAUGGGAGAUUCAUUUAACCCUGUAGCUGCGGUUAGUGGAAACCCUUCACAAAUGGGCUUAGCAGGGCGAGUCGGAGCCAUGGGGCCUGAUGGAUCAUCAAAUAUGGGGACUCCCCUAAUUCCAGAUAAUGGAGUGAUGAACUCUUCCAUCUGCACUGAAGGCACGCUGGCUGCUGCUGCUGGCGGGGACACUAAACACAGAGCAUCAUUUCCAGCACCUUAAAAUAUAAAAAGAAGCUUAAAUAAGCCCCGAUCCCUGGCCAGUGUGAGCUAUGAUAUGAAAAUUGGCCCAAAGCCUGGCCCUACAGGUGUAAAAGACAACGCGGUUACUGUAUAUAGGAAAAGUACAAUGAUAAAAUGUAUUCAAUGUAAUAUUAUUUUAUAACAAAAGUAUUACAUAAACUGCAGUAAAACUGUUGAGCAGCUGCAGGGGAAGCUUUUGUUCAUAGCGGCACUGUACUCUUAGGUUCUGAAAGCUGUCCUCGCGCACAAAGAAACACUGAGGUUAUAAUGUUUAGGAGCACUGGGCAGAGAUUAUUUAAAUGAGUGACAUUGUUACCUCACAAUAUCCAGAAGCAGCAUUCUGUAUUCUGAACCAGCUGUUCGAGGUAGUUCUUGAAAAGGGUUUUCUGUUAAAGAGAUCUUCUGCCUAUGGAGUGGAGUUUGAGCUUAGGGUUAGGUCCAUUUAAACUCACUUUCACUAAUAAAGCUUAAUGACUAUAAUAGGAACAUGUUAAAGGGUUAGUUCAGCCAAAAAUUAAAAUGAUGUCAUUAAUGACUCGCCCUCAUGUUGUUCCAAACCCGUGAGACCUCCGUUCAUCUUCGGAACACAGUUUAAGAUAUUUUAGAUUUAGUCCGAGAGCUUUCUGAUCCUCCAUUGAAAAUGUAUGUACAGUAUUCUGUCCAUGUCCAGAAAGGUAAUAAAAACAUCUUCAAAGUAGUCCAUGUGAUAUCA